GGAAAAUGAGCAGCCGAGCUUUCUGAAGCAUCAGUCUGUAAGUAUCUGCGGCGAUGAGCUGGGCCGGAGACGACUGGACCGUGGGUCUGACGGGUCACGUCCUACAGAAGGUUCAGCAGCUUCAGGCUCAGAAUGAGAAACUGGGCAAGGAAAAACAGCAGAGGCAGCUGCAGCUGGACAACUCUGAAGCAGCUCUGCACAAACAGAAGCAGAAGUAUGAGGAGGUGCGUGUGGAGCUGGUCACAGUUCAGAGGGAGCUGGGAGGAGUGCGUGAAGUGGUGCAGGUGGAGGUGCGGGCCAGAGAGCGUCUGUCUCAUGACCUACAGGUCAAAACAGGUCAGGUGCACUCGCUGGAGGGACAACUCGAGUCUGCCAGAAAGCUGACACAGAACCUCACACAGGAGAUCAAACGGCUUGAGGCAGAGCUGGAAAAGCAGCAGAAGGGCAACGGCUCUGGGGAAUCCAUAUUGUUUUCCACACCUUGUUGGAACAUGAGCUCUCCUUGGGACAACAACGGUGGUUUCAGAUCGGAGAGUGAAAGCAAAACACAGCAUGCCAGACAGCUGGGCGGGACUCGCUCCCCGUUUCCACAUCAACCUCAUCAAUCCCCGCCCCUUCAGAAACACAUCCACCAAUCAGAACCAUCCACCCCCUCCUCUGUGUUUCCAUGGGAACGUGAGCAUUUGUGGUCCACUCCCAAAGGACGACCAGCUUCCUCGGUGUCCUCCAGUGAUGUCAUAAUCAAGAACAGUGACUCAGGGAUGGAGGAAACCUUGAGGAAUGAGAUAGAUGGUGAGCUUCUCCACACACUAUUGGGGUUUCAGAAGUUUUGCUCUGAAAAGCUAUAUUUAAAUCAGUUUUUCAGGCAUCCCUGAGUCAAAAAAAUGAGUCUUUAACAAUGCACUUUAUUGCUUAAAUCCUAAAGCACAGAUUGAGUUAUAUUUCUCUCCCAGGGUUGUUGAAUCCAGGACAUUUGCUUGUCUGCUCUGUAAUAAUCAUACAUGAAAGCAGUCCAAAGUCACUGUUUACAGUGUGUUGGCAUGUCAGCCAAUGAGAUCAGCCUGGUCAGUGGCAUGAGCAGAUUUGUGUAUUAUUUGCAUGUUUUUUAUGAGCAGUCAUAGCUUCAGAUUGGGCUGGUUGCAUAGCUACAUUUG